CACCGUUCACGAUUCAGGAACGUAGCGGUGUGAAUUGAUCCCGAUCAAAUUAUCCUAAUAUUUACAUAUAUUAAGUUAUAAUACUAUUACAGAAUAGUAAAAAAUUUGAUCCAUAUGUGUUUUAAUAAGCACUGCUUUCUCAAUCCUAAUAAAUUGUUGUUUUCGUCUUUAUUUAUUGCUCAUAUUUAAUAAUAUUUACAUAGAAAGAUGUACGUUUCAUGUUUAUUUUCAUUCCUAACUUUUAGAGCUGUUUUAUGCGUUGCACUUUUGAAAAUAGUUUGUUGUUUAUAUGAAGAUCAGGCUGGAAAAUUUGACUGGAGACAGCAAUAUAUAGGCAAAGUGAAAUUCGCUUAUGUUGAUCCUGUGAGUGCAGGUACUCAUAAAUUUACUGUGAGUACCGAAAAGAAUGUAUUGGCUUGUUUAAGCACACGUACUGGCAGUAUAAUAUGGAGGCAGGUUUUAGAAAAGGGAAGUGCUGGCGAAAUCAACGCAAUGUCUGAAGAAGGAGACAUAAUUACGAUUAACGGAGGAGGUCAAUUCAUUAGAAGUUGGGACAGUAACACAGGAGUACUGCAAUGGGAAACUUCUUUUCCCCAUAUUCAGCAAAACAAUGCACAUUUGUAUUUCAAAAUUGAUUCCACCUCAAAAGAAGUUGUCAAGAUUGAAAUGAUUCCUAGUCAAUAUACUAAAGUCUCAAUUUACAGUUUCACCCGAGCUUCUAUGAAAACUUCUGAAGAUAUAAGUUCACCUUGGUAUGACCAAAGUAUUAACUGUAUUUUUGUUUCCACCAGUUAUUUCGUUUGUGUUGACAAAGAGAAAAGACUUAUUCAUUUGUUAUCCGUGAAGGACGGAGGUUCCUUUAUAUCUGUUCCAUUUACGAGUCUUGUGAUUGACAUUCGUAACAGCAUUAAUGCUGUGAAGGUAAUUGCUCUUCCUUAUCAAGAAUCAUCCGAUACACCUGUUUUUGGCCUUAAUAUAGAUGAUAACGUAAUGCUAUUGCAAAUCCAAGCUCCAGUAAUCAAAAUGAUAAAAGUAUUACCCUCUGUAACUAAAAUUACGUCAACGUUAGUUGAUAAUAAACUAAUUAUCUUUUCAUUGAAACUUAAAGAUAAAUUAUAUGAAUUUGAGGCAAUAGAUGUUGGUUCAAAAGAAGAACUUAAGAACCUAGCUGGUGUGUUUACUUUGUCUGAAGAUAGAGGAAAUUUAGAAGAUUUUUAUAUUUUUCCUUACACUAAAAAGGAUCAUGGAAUCAGCUAUAAGUCUUUGCUUCUCUUUGAAGAUCAUUCAAUGUUGAUUAUUCACCAGCAAGGAAGAAUGGUCUGGUCCCGUGAAGAAGCUCUCUCCAGUAUUAUAUCUUCAGAAAUAAUGGACUUGCCCCUUUCCGAGACCGAUGCAAAUAUUGAGCAAGAGUUCGGAGAUCCCGAUGCUGGCCUGCUGUCAAUGUUUCUCACUCGUUUGAAAUCCCAAGUAUUCUUAUUGCAGACCUUUCUCUUGAAAACUUUGAUUGGCCUAAAAGGCGACAUUGAUAAUGAUGGGAAUGCUAAGAAAGCUCUUUCUCGUGAUACAUUUGGCCUUCAUAAGAUUAUUGUAAUUCUCACGAAACCUGGGAAAAUAUUUGGUAUUGAUAAUUUUUCUGGAUUGAUUAUUUGGAGUCAUUUUGAAAGAAAUUUGCUGCCUUUUACUGUGAAAGAAAAAACUUACCUACCACUAUUUGUUCAAAGGACUACCGCACAUUUUCCAUAUCCGCCUAUUUGUACAGCAUUAGGUUUGCACUCUGUUACUGGACAAAAUCGUUUAUAUUCUUUCGAUCCAAUUACAGGUUCUACGUUAGAAUCUAAAACACUGCCUUAUAGAAUUUUGCAAGUUAUUCCCACUGGCUCACUUACAAAUUAUUUGAGAGAAAUAUUGAUUUUAGACUCGGAUUUGAAAGUUCACAUUUAUCCUGAAUCACAUGAUAUAAAGAAGCACAAAGACUCGCAUUUUAUUUUCACCGCAGAACCAAAGUCUGGAGUCUUAAUUGGUUAUUCCUUAAGUGAUAGUGAUGUACCUAAUACUCUAAAAGCUACUGAAAUAUGGAAAAACACAUUACCUCAACCAAUUGUUGAAGUGGCCACAAAAAAACUACUGGAACAUGUGCAUUCCCAAGGUCGAGUCAUGGGGGAUAGAAGUGUUCUUUACAAAUAUUUAAAUCCGAAUUUAGCAGCUGUUUUUACGGAAGGCAAUGACAUCAUCCAAAAAUCUUUUUGUAAUAUCUACCUUAUCGAUGUUGUUACUGGACUAAUUAUUUACUCAGCUUCUCAUAAGCGUUGUAAAGGUCCAAUUCAUGUUGUGCACUCAGAAAACUGGGUUGUUUAUAGUUUUUAUAACGAUAAGUCCAGGAGAAUAGAAAUAUCGUCUAUUGAACUUUACGAGGGCAUGUUUCAAAGCAAUACAACCGCAUUUUCAUCGUUUGCUCCACCACCUCUUCCUCUUGUUGAGCAUCAGACAUUUAUUUUCCCAUCAAAUAUUGAAGUAAUGGCUGAUACAGUAACGGAACGAGGGAUGACAAGUAAACAUAUUCUAAUCGCAUUACCCUCCGGCGGAAUCUUGGAAUUGCCAAAGAAUUUCCUCGAUCCACGGCGCCCUAUUAAUCCUUUACCGGAACAUAGAGAAGAAGGCCUUAUUCCAUACAUUCCUGAACUUCCUGUAGUUUCUGAAAGUAUCAUCAAUUAUAACCAGAGUGUCGUACGUGUGCAAGGAAUCGUUACUGCUCCAUCCGGAUUAGAAUCCACUUGUUUGCUUUUUGUGUAUGGUCUAGAUUUAUUCUAUACCCGAGUUACACCUUCAAAAACAUUUGAUAUCUUGAAAGAUGAUUUUGAUCAUUCUUUCAUUUGUGUUGUACUUUUGGGACUGCUAGUAAUAUCAUAUAUUAGUAAAAGGUUUGCAGCUCGACGGACUCUAAGGGCAGCAUGGAAAUGAAAAUAGGAAAAUUUAAUAUUGAAAUUUAAUUUUAAUUGAUAACUGGAUCUGGUUGUCCUUUUACUCUUGUAUCAAAGUAUUUAUAUUUAUUGCUAUAAAAUGUAUUUUAUAGGUUCUGCCAAAAAUUUGAUUGACACUCCCAUUGCAAAUAUUUAAUGCACAUAAUUCUGCUAAUAUAUUUGAAGCCAAUGAAAGUCUAUUAUCAUGUGUAGUAACUUUGAAUCUUUAAAGCUUUUAUGUCACAUAUAUAUUGAAGUAAAAUUUUCUUCUAAAAUGUCCAGGUUUUAUUUAUGCAGAAAAUCUUUAAAAGCCUAAUUAGUUUUAUCAAUUAACUACAUCUCUACUUAAUAAUAUUUUUUUAUUAUCCUAAAUAUAUCAGAGCUGUUUGUAAUCCAAAAAUUUUGGGCUGGAGAACAUAUUCUAAAUCUGAAAAAGUAUUUAAAAAAAAAAAAACUUUGAAAAUUGUUUUUUUCAAUGAUUUUUACUGUAUGCAUAUUUGAAGAGUUUUUACUACAGGAGGAGGGAGCAGGUUGAGCUUCCUCAUAGUUUCUAAAAAUUUCACUCUGUUCGAAAAUUGUUACAGAAAAUUUUACUUCAGUCCACUCUUACCUUAUCACCAAUGGAAAGGUUAGGAGAAGUGGUUGUGCAGAUUUUAAGGGUUUCAGGCGAUAAAGAAACUAACUUUAACUGAUAUCUUAAAAUUAAAGACACAAAAUAACAAUAAAAACGAAUAUUCAUGAAAUACUUCAUAGGACCAUUGAAUAGACCAAUCAUUAAAAAAAAUUAAGAUGUCUAAUUCUUUCAAUUGUUAUUUAAAAAAACUUUUAAAUCCAAAAGUAAUACUAAUUGCUCUUGGAGUAACCACCACCAUAAGGGAACAAAAACCAAAAAACAGCGCCAGUUUGAAAAUACUUGGUAUUUAUUUUCAAUAGUUAAGUCUUGUUAACUUUGAAAUGUCCAAAAUCAUCCACAUUUGGCAUUUACAUUUCCAAAUUUCUAUAUGCGAUCCUUUUGAAUAUACUGCUAAGCACUUGAUUUUGCGAGACUUUAAUUUUCGCUAGUCUAUCAUAAUCGCAAAAGUAUUAAUUUCACGAAAUAGAUAUUUUUCAACUUUCAGAAGUUCUGUUUAUAUAAAAUUCGCUAAAAUUACUGUUAGCUAAAAUAAAUGCUUUUACAGUACAUGCUAUGAUAGAAUAUUACAUUUUUAGGAGAGGGAAGGUUUGAACAAUAUAUAUAUUUUUAAAUUUCUUGUCAACUCUAACAAGAAAAAGGCAAAAGACCCGUUACAAUUAUAACGCAUAAAUUCAUUUUUACAGACCAUUUGAUCCACAUUUCAAAAUAAAAACAUGAAAUUCAUGAGAAUUUUUUUUCAGAGAGUUGGUUUUUAAUCGUUUAAAUUUGUAUGUAUAUAUUGUUAUCUUAAAUAAUAAAUUAAUUUCCCCAUGUUUAACAUAAACACAAAAGAUUUAUUUAAAAUAGUUGCUACAAAUGAUUUUUUUUUUUUUUUUUGAUAUUCUAAAGCUGAGUGUUAAUCUGAAGGUAUAAGCAAUAAAAUCAGAAAUACUUUCAUUUCCUACUCUUACAAGCAAUUUGUUCAGUGUGUAUAAUUUUAAAUUAAUUUUUAUUUGAUUUAUUUAAGUGAGAUGAAUUAAUUACUAAAAUUUACAUUUUCAGAACUAGAACUCUUUAGCAUACAAGAAAAAAUAUGUGGUUGUAAUUUUAAAAAUUAUAAUUGUUGAAGGUUAUAUGUUUAUUGAUUUGAAGUGAUAAAGUCCAGUGCAAAUAAUAUUAUAUGACCAUAAAUAAAAUGGAUUUUGCAUUGAUUGUUGAUCAUUUUGUAGAUGGUUGUGAAUUCUAUGUACAGUUAUCAAUGUAUAUAUGAUUUCAUUU